AUGCGCCUUAUCACGAACCUGACCCAACACCUGUCCUUCGCUCGAUCCUUGGCUACCAUGGCCAACCCAGGUGCUUUCCCUACGCUCAAUGGUCAAAGCAGCCGUGAUCCGAAUGAAGGUGCCGACAAUGAUUCAUCGUUGGGUGCGCUCAAGGGCAUGAUUGCGCCGAGGGUGAAUGGUCAGUACUAAGAUCCGAUGGGACUUAGAGUCUGUGCUGACUGGGCAUAUCAACUAUCCAACACCCUACGGUGCCCCGCGCGAUCUUUGCCUUCCCCCACUUGCGAUUGCUCGAUCUUCAAAACGACGUCAUCAUCCCACCACCUCAGUGCUCGGAACCGCUCUCCAACCGAUACCCACCACGUCCCUCACGAGCUCGACCCAACCCGCAACCGGUUUCUUCCGUACCAACUACUGCGACGCCUCCCCCCUCGACCCCGGAUCGCACACCAUCGCCGCGUUGAUCACGCCUUCCUUCCUCACCUUCUCCGCCUCCAAAGGCAACGACCUUUCCUCCUUGUUCCCUCGCACCGGUCCUUCCUCACCCUGGGAGAAAGCGAAUCAAGUACGAGGCGCACCAGGGGCGUGUUAUUGGUGCUUGUGUGCUUCGAGGUGGUGGGAAGCCGUGAAAGCGAGUGAGAGUCAUCCGGAUGGGGAGGCGAUCGUGCCGAGGGUCGUGGUACAGUCUACGCAUGCCAAGUGGGCUCAAGGGGUCCGCGCAGCGGAUGAGGAGAAGAGAAAGAUGUUGGAAAAGUAUGCGAUCAAGGGCUAG